CCCCUGAAUGCACCACUCUAUCAAUACUGUGUUUAUAUUUUUGUAUUUGAAGAACGCAUUUGCUAUGGCCACCCUUCUUUGCUGCAUGUUUCUCCUGCCCGUAUUGCCGGUAGCCCAUCGUCUGAUGUGCAUGUACCUCAAAAUCUAUCCCUCUCCGAUUGUCACUCAACUAGCAGCAGCUGCAGCAGCAGCAGAAGCUGCAGAAGCAGCAAGAUGUCCAGUAUGCACAGGGCCGCCGGUCUGGCUAGGGCCGGCGACUAGUUGGCCACAAGAUCAUCGGGGCACGUCUGGGGUCCCAGCUUCAGAGGAGUUGAACACCAGUGAGGGAUCCGUAGCGAACAGCAAACGUAAGAAAGAGUAGGUGAACGAAAUGAGAGAUCGGUUUA